CUUCUCUUCUCUGCCACAGACAUCCCUUCAUUCUUCCCUCAUUCUCAUACUCAGAUCAGCCAUGUCGUCUUCAACAAUAAUCAUUCUUUGUGCAUUGCUAUUGUCCUAUUCCACUGCAGCUUCUGCUUCCAACUUCUAUCAGGAUUUUGACAUAACAUGGGGAGAUGGCCGAGCCAAGAUACUGAACAACGGCGACCUUCUCACUCUUUCUCUUGACAAAGCCUCUGGCUCAGGCUUUCAGUCCAAAAACGAAUAUCUCUUUGGCAAGAUUGAUAUGCAACUCCAGCUUGUACCUGGAAACUCUGCAGGAACUGUUACUGCAUAUUAUUUAUCAUCAAAAGGGUCAAACUGGGACGAGAUCGACUUUGAAUUCUUGGGGAAUGUGAGUGGUGAGCCGUACAUCCUUCACACCAAUGUGUUCAGUCAGGGAAAAGGCAACAGGGAGCAACAGUUCUAUCUCUGGUUUGACCCAACAGCUGAUUUCCAUACCUAUUCCAUUCUCUGGAAUCCUCAGCGCAUAAUCUUCUCAGUAGAUGGGACUCCUAUAAGAGAAUUCAAGAACAUGGAAUCAAAAGGAGUUGCAUUCCCUAAGAAUCAACCAAUGAGGAUAUACUCUAGCCUCUGGAAUGCCGAUGACUGGGCAACAAGAGGUGGUCUUGUGAAGACUGAUUGGAGCCAAGCUCCUUUCACAGCUUCUUACAGGAAUUUCAAGGCAGAUGCCUGUGUCCCUUCGGGAUCAUCAUCAUCAUCAUCUUCUUCUUGCACUUCCAACUCUGGCUCCUCCAAUGCCUGGUAUUCCCAAGAGUUGGAUUCAUCAAACCAAGAUAGACUGAGUUGGGUUCAGAAGAAUUACAUGAUUUACAAUUAUUGCACUGACACCAACAGAUUUCCUCAAGGCCUUCCCCCAGAGUGCCAACAAUCAUAAUCCUGCUGCAAACAAAUACCACUGCACAGUUCUUCAUUCUUCCUAAGCCUAUUGAAUUCAUUUUCACUUGUAUGAACGUUGAUUCUUUGAUUCUUGACAAUUCUGUUACACGAAGAACUUAUAGGAAAGAAGCAUCAAUAAUACUUUUCUCCAAUCCUUUACACUCUGCAAAUUCUGCAGUAA